AUGAGUGCAGGUAUUGGCGAAUCACGUACAGAACUGCUCACUUGGCUGAAUGGGCUUCUUAACCUGAACUAUAAAAAAGUUGAAGAAUGUGGGACUGGAGCAGCAUAUUGCCAAAUAAUGGACUCAAUUUAUGGAGAUUUGCCGAUGAACAGAGUGAAAUUUAAUGCUGCGGCAGAAUAUGAGUUCCAAACAAACUACAAAAUCCUACAGAGCUGUUUUAGCAAACACGGAAUUGAGAAAACCGUUUACGUCGAUAAGUUGAUCAGGUGUAAAUUCCAAGAUAAUUUAGAAUUUUUACAAUGGUUGAAGAAGCAUUGGAUUCGAUAUAAAGACGAAAGUGCGUAUGAUCCGGAUUCCCGACGCAAGUACCGUCCUAUUAUGACGAACAAUAGCGCCACCAAGACUCGCACGCCAUCCAACCCUAUCAGUACAAGAAGGUCAUUAAGCACAGGAACAAGCAACUCUAUACCAGGAGGCCCACCAAUAAGACAUUCUUCACUAGGGGUGACGACUGGUAGGAAAACCAGUGCUACCCAAGGUCAGUUAAAUGCGAUGCAAGCUGAAUUAUCCAAUGCACAGGAAACAAUUGGUUCAUUGAAUGAAGAGAUAGAACAGUACAAGGGAACAGUGAGCACUUUGGAGAUUGAGAGAGAGUUUUAUUUCAACAAGCUGCGCGAUAUUGAGAUCCUGGUCCAUACCACGCAAGACUUAAUUAAUGAAGGCGUUUAUAAAUUUGAUGAUGAGACUAUCACGGGCCGUGGCGCUGGGAAUGGCGGUGCUUUAUUACGGUUUGUUAAGAAAGUGGAGAGCAUAUUGUAUGCCACUGCGGAAGGAUUUGAAAUGAAUGGUGGCGAAGGUGAACAACAGGAGGAAGAUGGGGGAAAAAGUGGUGCUGUACAGAACGGAAAUAUGUUCGAAAACGGCAAUGGCAAUGGCCAGGAAGAUAACGAUGACGUGAUAAUGCAGAAUGACGGAAGUCAGGUUGGUGUGAACAGUAAUUUGAUUAUUGACGAGGAGACUUUUUGA